GUAAACAAAUCCAUAGAAAAAGAAAUCGAGGGAAGUAUUCCACAAGAGAACAAUUAUGGUAUUGUUUUUAUUACGAUGUAAAAUUAUGGGGAUUCGAAGGAAUCGUUCGUAGUCCCAAGCCUUUCGAAAACCCCAACGCUUCUGCUUAGCGUAAAGCUAAAACCCCAAAAACAAAAUCAAAAUGGUGGCAAACCCUGUUUCUCUCACCUGCAAAACUCCCCUCUUGUACCGUUUUGUUGGCUCUUCCCUGAAACCCAUCUCCCAGUUUGGCCAACAAAUUCGAGUUCCUGUAAAGCCAGUUCGAAUAAGCAUUUUUAGGGGCUGUUCUUCACGUUUUUUGAAUUUUUGUCAUGGAACAGGGUUUGAGUCGCUGGGUACUUCCAAAAUGGGAUUUGGGCAACUGGGUUUUGAUCGUCUUCGAUUUUCAGCGGCUACCGAAGGUGUCACGGGUGGACCUGGUAGUGGUGGUAGUGGUGGUGGCGGUUUUGGAGGCUCUGGUGAUGGCAAUUCUAGUAGUGGUGCUGGUGAUGGUGAUGGUGAUGGCGGGAGUAACUGGUCUUUCUUUUCAGGGUAUUUAGCUCUUCUUGCAAAGUAUCCUGUGUCAACAAAAGCGGUGACCUCUGCACUUUUGACUUUGAUUGGAGACUUAAUCUGCCAGCUGUGGAUUGAUCAAGCGGGAACAUUGGACCUGAAAAGGACAUUCCUAUUUACUCUGUUAGGGCUGGUGUUAGUGGGUCCCACAUUACAUUUCUGGUAUUUGUAUCUGAGUAAAUUAGUGACAUUGCCUGGGGCAUCAGGUGCCUUCUUACGCCUUCUACUUGAUCAGUUCAUUUUUUCUCCUAUAUUCAUUGGAGUUUUCUUAUCUACUUUGCUAACACUGGAGGGAAGGCCAGGACAAGUUGUAGCCAAACUUGAGCAGGAGUGGUUUUCUUCUGUUCUUGCUAAUUGGCAACUGUGGAUACCUUUCCAAUUUCUGAACUUUCGCUUUGUACCCCAGCAAUUCCAGGUCCUUGCUGCUAAUGUUGUCGCAUUAGUUUGGAAUGUGAUUCUCUCAUUUAAAGCUCACAAAGAAGUCCUGCCAAAAUAGGUUUGUUUUAGUUUUCAUGAAACUUGAAGACUUAUAUUGUGAUCCAUGCUGUCUUAACUUUUAUCCAUUAAUUCUGUUUCAGUGGCAAAGUUCAAUUAUCUUGAAAUGCUUGAUUUAA